AUGGGGUUCGCUCGCAGUUAUCGUCGCAUCGUUGCUCGCGUUGCUCCUCUAUCGCGUACACCGCUCGGGCCGGAAACGGUCACGCCGUUGCUGUGCGACUGGAUUGCUCGGCACGGGACGGUGUUCGGUUUCGCCGCUGGCCCGCAACCGGCGCUGGUGCUUGCGGAUCCGGAUCUUGUGCAACAGGUGCUUAUCGGACGGUCGGGAUUCUUCCAGAAGAUGCCGGCCGUGCAACGCGCGUUGAGUUUCGUGGGAGACGGCCUGCCGUUUGUUGACGGCGAGGAGUGGCUGCGGCAGCGCAAGGCCGUCAAUCCUUCGUUCAGCCAUGGCGCCAUCAAGCUGAAGGACAUGCACAUGGUGCUGCUUGAGACUCUCCGACUCUUCCCCCCCGUGCCCGUCGUCACGCGCACGAGCAAGCAGGACGUGCGCAUCGGCCCCUACGUCAUUCCCAAGGGUGUCGACCUGUUCCUGCCUGUCGGGUGCUUGCACGCUGACGAGCGCUACUGGGGGGCCGAUGCACGUGAAUUCAAUCCCGAGAGGUUUCAAGAUGGACAGCAAGCAGCUUGCUCACACCCCCAGGCCUUCAUCCCGUUCUCCAGUGGUCCACGGGACUGUGUUGGAGCGAUGUUCGGGCUUACCGAGGCUAAGAUUAUUCUCUCCCACUUGCUCCUUAACGUCUCAUGGAGCAUAUCGCCUUCGUAUCGGCAUCAGCCUACUGCUGCUCUCACAGCACAAGCGAAACAUGGCAUGCCCCUUUUGUUUAAAGCUUUGUCCCCCCUUGCUCCCUCUCAUUUCCCCCCUUCUCCUGCUCAUUCCCCCCCUUCUUCCUCACGUUUCCCCCCGUUCUCUCUCUCCUUUCCCCCACUUCUCCCCCUCAUUUUCCCCCUUUCCUCCUCUCAUUCCCCCCCGCUCCCUCUCAUUUCCCCCCUGGUCCCUCUCAUUUUCCCCCCUGCUCACCCUCACUUCCCCCCUUUCUCCCUCUUCAUUUCCCCGUCUCCUUCCCCUCAUUUCCCCCUCUCUGUCUACUCAUUUCUCCCUCUCCUUUCCCACAUUUCCCUUCUCCGUCCCCUCCUUUCCCCCUCUCCUUCCCCUCCUUCCCCCUCUCCUUCCCCUCAUUCCCCCCUCUUUCCCCUCAUUUCCCCCUCUCCUUACCCUCAUUUCCCCCUUUCCUUCCCCUCAUUUCGCCCUCCUUCCCCUCAUUUCGCCCUCCUUCCCCUCAUUCACCCUUUCCUUACCCUCAUUUCCCCCUGUGUCCCCUAA